AGCAGAACUCCUAAAACCCUAGAUAGCGGUCUGGCCAUCUCUGAUAUCUUGUCAUCAAUCGGUUUCUCUUCCCUAAUCGAGAUCAGAGAAUGGCGUCGAGCGAUAAUACUGUGUUACAAUUCGCGGCAUCAUCCUCGACGAACCUAUCAGCCAAGGUACACCCUCUUGUGAUCUUCAACAUCUGCGAUUGCUUCGUGAGGCGCCCUGACCAGGCCGAGCGAGUCAUCGGCACUCUACUUGGCUCAAUUCUACCUGAUGGAACCGUCGAUAUCCGCAACUCCUAUGCCGUUCCACACAACGAAUCCUCCGACCAGGUUGCAUUGGAUAUCGAUUACCAUCAUAACAUGUUGUUAUCUCAUCAAAAAGUAAACCCAAAGGAAGUUAUAGUUGGAUGGUACUCUACCGGGUUGGGAGUCUCUGGCGGUAGCGCAUUGAUACAUGAUUUUUACUCAAGAGAAAUUCCUAAUCCUGUUCACUUGACUGUAGACACUGGAUUCAGUAAUGGAGGGGGUACUAUAAAAGCUUAUGUUUCGGCCAACUUAUCUCUUGGGGACCGGCAGCUUGCAGCACAAUUCCAGGAAAUCCCUCUUGAUCAACGAAUGGUUGAAGCUGAGCAAGUUGGAUUUGACAUCCUAAAAACAAAUAUGGUUGACAAACUACCAAGCGAGUUGGAAGGAAUGGAAGUAACAAUGGAACGACUGCUAGCUCUGAUUAAGGAUGUAUACAAAUAUGUUGAUGAUGUUGUGGAAGGUCAUGUUGCCCCAGAUAAUGAAAUUGGGAGAUUCAUAUCAGAUACUCUUGCCUCCCUUCCUAAGAUGUCUCCUGCUGCUUUUGAUAAGCUUGUGAAUGACAGCAUGCAGGAUCAUUUGCUCUUACUGUAUUUGUCAAGCAUCACCAGGACGCAGCUCAGCUUAGCAGAAAAGUUGAACACUGCUGCUCAGAUCCUGUAAUUUGCCGUCUCUGGGUGUGACUGUUUGCGAAGAUAUUCCUUUUUGAAUUCUUGAACCAUUGUGGGCGUAGUAUCUACCCAACAUUGAGAGAGUUGUCUCAACCAAGUUUGUAAUAUUCAUAACGGAGUUUGAAUAGGAAGACUUAUCAAUUUUAACAUAAUUGCUUUUAUUGUAGCCUUCAGCUUUGGACAGGAUUUUUUUGACAUCUUGUUCUUACAUAUGAUUGAAGAUUUUUGGUUUCAA